UGUGAUUAGAGUUGCCUAUCGCUCCUCCGGCUUUGACACAUGACAUCAUCGGGUUCUGCUGUUUUUUUCUGACGUUUUGUGUGUGUGUUUGGGAAUAAUUGUGCUGCAGGAAUCAGCAGGAAUUUCCGCGUUUGCUGGACGAGAUGGCUGAUCCGAAAUACGCAAAUCUACCGGGAAUCGCUCACGACGAACCGGACGUGUACGACAGUACCUGCCUCCCGGAAUCAGAUCAGUCGAUAGAUUUCUGCGAGGAAUCCGAAGGCGUCGUCGAACGCAUCCACAUCUCCGUCGAUGACGCCUUCAACAGGUUCAAGGACAAGGGUCUCGAUUCCGAUCGCGUCGACUUCUCCGAUCGCAUCAGUAAGAGGAUCAGAACUGGAUACGAUGCUCGAUCCGGCGAUUGGGAACUGCUCGGUCUGCAGCAGCAAGGGGGGACGAACAGAAUUACUGCAGAGACUCCGUUGCAAAAGUUCCAGAGGCUGCAAUGCGAGAUGGUCGAGCUGCACGAGGACGUGAAGAGGAUCACCAGCGAGGAUAAGGAGAACAAGGAGGAAACGAACUGUUUGGUGAGCAGAGCCCAAGUGGAGAUGGGAUUGCAGAAGCUCGCCGAUCUGAAGCUGGAGGAGACUCUGGGGCAGGAUGUUAUUUCGAACAUAAUGGAUCCGCAGGGGGCACAAAUCAAGAAAUUGUUGUCGCAAUUGGAGGCGUUCAAGAUGAGCGUCGGUGAGAAAGCUGAGAGUGAUGAGAGCACCACGACAGAGGAUGGGAUAACGUUUAAAUUGAAUUAUAGACCGGACAAGGUGAAGCUGGAGCAGACAGGACGCGUCACCGAAUUGGAGAAGAGGUUGCAUCGACUCGAGAACGUCCUCGGCGCCAGCAACGAUAACCUUGUACGAUUGACGCAGGCCACGUCGAAAAAGGGUUUAUUAGAGGCCGCUCAACAUCUGAGCGCCACAGCGAGUCUCCUGGAUUCGGCCCAAUUGGAUCACAUCGAAGGACGUCUGACGGCGCUCUCGCAAAAGAUGGAUUUGAUCGCCAAAAAGAAAGAGCAAUUUGCCGAAGACGUGGAAAAGGAUAAGAUGAUUUUGGAACUUUACGAAUUGGUGAAGAACAGCGAGAACGUUAAUAAGGUGCUGCCGCAGACGGUGGAACGAUUGAAAUCGCUCGAGGCGUUGCACAGCAAGGCUGGAACAUUCGCGACGAGUCUCGCGCAGGUGGAGGCUCUUCAAGCGGAGAUCAAAGGGAACGUGGAGAACAACAAGGCUCUCCUCAAGGGCGUCCAAGAGAGUUUCGCCAUGAAUCUGGACGAGAUCAACAAGACCGUGAUCGGAUUGGAUUCGAGGAUCAAAGCCUUCUCCAAGAAGUGAUAGGCAACACACUAUACACACACACACAAACAUUCAGUUUAGGGCACGCUUCAACAAGAUAUAUAUUAAAAAAAAAUGAUACGCGUAAAGUAACUUUCCUUCUUUCUUAUUUAUUUAUAUUAAUUAUUCGUUACAAUGCGAAAAAAACGAUCGCGUUCAACACGUUUACUUUCUUUUCUUUCUUUCACCCCUAACCAAAACUACUUGAUUCUUAUUUAUCUUCUUUUUGUAUAAAUUGGAAUACUAAAAUAAAUUAAUAAAUCCAUCGAA